AUGUUACGUACUAAAAUUCAUAUAGCGUUAAGCGCGUUAGGUGCAAUUGUAGGUUUGUCAGCAUUUAUAUGUUUUUGCAUAGUUUACGCAAACAUCGAAGCCGGAAUGUGGGCGUUAUUAUCCGCUAUCCAUGCUUCCCUUAGUUUAAUGAUACAUUGUCAUUAUUUAAAGGAGAGCUUACACGUCAACUUUUCUAGAAAAGCACUUCAAUAUAUAGGAGAUUUUGGAAUUAUCGGUUUUGUGUCUGGCGCUGCAUUGACAAUGUUCUAUCUGUUUCUAGAAAUUUAUUACAAAGCUGAUGUUCUUCCAAUACAAACAAGCAUAAUUAUUCGGAUGAUAUGGUCGUUCAUGAUGAUGAAGUGGGGCCUCCUGCUUUAUAUAUUCACCAAAAAGUAUCUCCGAACCUAUAACGAUCAUCAACUAUUCUCGGAAAAUCCUAAUAUUGAAGAGACAUAA